ACUGUUCGUUCAAUAUAAUGUGUAAAGUGUAAAUCACUUGGGAUUGAGUUGUGAUCCGUUGAACUUUGAGUUUUAGAACCACACAGUCAGCAGGAUAAAGAGAGGUAAUCACCGUGAAUCUUAAGAUAAAAUCGUCAUUCCACGUAACAGGAGGAAAGCAAGGUUUCGGUGUGUGUUGAAAGUAAAUGUUACUUAAAAAACAGUAAUAUUUAAAGAAUUAAUUUUCCAGUACUUCAGAGUAUCAGACAACGAGCGUAUGACGUGAGUUAAGCGGAGGCGCGACGUUUUCACUCCAGCAACCCGAUCACUUCUAUAGGCAGGAUCGUCGUCCAGAUACGAGGAACGGCAUGUCCACCUUAAAGUAGAUAGUUCUUAUUCCUGAGGGCAACAUCUUUCGGUAUCUAAACAACACAUGACGUUAACAUUGAGCUAAGGCGUAGUUCCUAUCGGUAUAAAUAUCUGUACAACAAUCGUAAAGUUUUGAAGAGUUCGUCUGUGGAUUGGUUAUUAGACAACUUAGUUUUGCUGUGUUGUUGCUUUUUCAGGCUGAUACUGCAAUGCGAUAUACGUGUAAGAACGUGAGCAGCGACACACGCGGUGUGCGUAAUGGUAGAAACUGUUCUCCGGGAAUUGUGAUGAAGUACCAGUUUUGACAUAGGUAGAGGACGGUUAUAAAGGUAUAUUUAGUUGGUUUUUUUAAUUAGUUCUGUGUUUCGAAGUACACCAGUCAUAAUGAAUCAAAAGACAUCGGGAAGUAAAGUACCCAGCAAAAUAGCUAAACCAACUUCCAGACCAGCAGUAGCUCCCCCACACAAUUCUCAAUCUCUUACUGCAGCAGCCAAUGAAAUAAGAACAGCAGAUACAGCUGAUGCUUUACCAGAAAAGACUGAAAAUUUUAUCAUUGGAGACAAAGUAUGGGUGAAUGGCACCAAAAGUGGUUUCAUCCAAUUUCUUGGAGAAACCCAGUUUGCUCCAGGACAGUGGGCUGGUGUUGUUUUAGAAGAGCCAUUAGGAAAAAAUGAUGGUUCUGUUGGAGGAAUUCGUUACUUUCAGUGUGAACCCAAUAAGGGAGUGUUUGCCCGUCCUCACAGACUUUCUCGAUCUCCUGCCAGCACUGCCAAUACAGUUUCUAAUGGUACACUUCAAACAAAUACAGAUAGAGCAUCAAUGUUAAGUUCCCAGGUGGGAGGAAGAAUAGCAAUCUCAACAUCACAGCUGCCAACUUCACCAACACCAGGAAGCGUUAAGGAUGGAAUGACACCUCGGGGUGUGAGUGGUAGUUUGUCUACUAAUGACAGUUCACUUAAAUGUGGAGAUCGUGUUGUAGUUAAUGCCACGAGUGGUGUCAAGACAGGAAUCCUUCGCUAUCUGGGAACCACUGAGUUUGCUCCAGGAGAGUGGGCAGGGGUUGACCUUGAUGAACCUCAAGGGAAAAAUGAUGGCUCAGUUGCAGGAAAAAGGUAUUUUGAAUGUCAGAUGAAACAUGGACUGUUUGCACCUAUCCAUAAAGUUUCCAAAGCUGGUAAGGGUUCAACAACAACUCGAGUUACUCGGCUUUCUUCAGGUACUGGUCUAACUCUUCACCGUCGAGCGGGAAGUCAUGAGUCACUCAACAGCUCUAUCAGUUCUGCCUCUAGUGCUGCACGUGGCGGCAGGGUAAGGCUUGGUGUGACAUCACUCACUAGUCCCCAGAGGUCUUCACGUCCCUCUGCAGCCAAUGUUACAGCUACAAAUAAUGCUAUUCAGGAAGCAUUAAAAGAAAAGGAAGAACACAUUGAGCAACUUUUACGGGAACGGGAUCUAGAGCGAGCAGAGGUGGCUCGAGCUGCUGGUCAAGUAGAUGAGGUUGAAAAGAAGUUGGCAGAUUUACAGAAAAAGCACCAAGGGUAUUUGGAAGAAACAGAGGGCAGUUUGGUUCAGCUACGGAAGCUUAUCGAAAAGACUGAAAUGGAUAAAAAAAAAUUAUUAGGGCAGCUGGAGGAUGAGAGAAGAAAAGUUGAAGAUUUACAGUUUAGGAUAGAAGAAGAAUCAAUAAACAAAGUUGAUCUAGAGAAUCAAUCAGAAAAGGAACGAGGAAAGAUCCAAGAAUUAGAGAAGCUUUUGGAAGAAGAGCGUCAACGUUCAAGAUCUUCAGAUUCUAGCAGUAAUCAAGAGAGUCCUGAAACUGAAAUGGUGAACCAUUACAAAGAAGAAAUAGAGAAACUAAAUCAGAAUUUGACAAAAUCUGAAGACAGAGUCAAAUCCUUAGAAACAAAAAUGGAAUAUGAAAAUGCCGUUUCCCGUGAACUACGAGAAGAUGUACUCAAAAAAGAUGAAACAAUUCUACAGUUAGAAGCUUCUCUCGAGAGUCGCAAAAGAGAAAUAUCCAAUUUACAGAAAAGAAUUUUAGAAAUGGGUGAAGAUAUAGAACAGGGCAAACAAAGACAGGACAAGCAGCUCCAAGUAAUUGAUGACUUGAAUAUGAAAUUGACACGUGCUGAAGCUGGGUCAAACCAUCUGAGUGAUGAGCUUAAUGCAAUGAAGACACGUUUAGCAGAUGCUGAACAGAAGCUACGCGUUAGUGAAGGACGAGGGCAGGAACUUUCUCGACAAAAAGCAAAACUAGAAGGCCAAGUUUCAGAUCUGAUGCUCUCAUCAGGAGAUAACUCAGAUCAGCUAAGCCAGAUCAAUGAGGAAAUCAGGGAAAAAGAAAAACAAGUAGAGGAACUUCAGUCCCAGCUGAGAAGUCGUACACAAGAAGUAGAGAAACUGAUGGACACUGUUAAUAGCCUCCAUGACCAAAAUAAACAGGAAUUUGAAAAGAUUAAUGAUAAACACAAAGAAGUAGUUAAGGAACUGAAAGCCAAGUUGCAACAUCAGCAAAAAGAGCUACAGGAAACACAAGAUAAAGUGUCCAUCCUGUCUAAAGCACUAUCCAGACAAGAACAGCUAAUGACUGAAAAGGAAGCAGUGAUACAAGACCUACGCCAUAAGCUUGAAAAAAGUGAAUCUCAGCUCACACACUCGCAAGCUAAGUUGCAAGAAUUACAACUUACUCUAGAAGGCCUACGGGCAGAAGCCUCUGACACUACCAAGAAUCUAGAAGUCAAAGUUCAACAGCUACAAAAAGAGAUAAAACAAGUCAUGUGUGAGAAGGAAAAGAUGUAUAAUCAGUAUCAAGAAGCCAAAGAAGCCCGUGCUAAGUUAGAGAAAACCCAAGAGCAACUUAUAAAGGAGAAGCAGGAACAACAGGCUACAGUUUCUGAUCGAGAUGCUCAAGUGGUUCAGCUAAAGGCAGAAGUGGAUAGACUUCAAAAAGAAUUUGCUAAGCACAGAGAAGAGCUGCAGCAAAAAUUGGCAGUGACUGAACAAGAAUCGCAAGUGAUGCAAGACCUUCAUAAUCAGUUUAACAUGCAGCGAGAUGCACUUAGUGAACUACAGAAUAAGCUAGUUCAUGUGGAGGUGGAGAGAGAUGAGCUGUACCAACAAGUUCUCAUCCUACGCGGUACACAAGAGGAAAAAGAUCAGCUAGAAAACAGGUCCAAAUCUCUUCAACAACAGCUAGAAGAUUUAAAACAAAGGGAAUUCAAACUUGUGAAUGAUUUCAACAGUGAGAGAGAAUCUCUGCAGAAGAUGCUUGAGUCUGCUCAGUCUCAAAUGGACCAACGGGAAAAGGAUAUUGCAAAGAAAGACCAAGAGUUAGCAACAAUGAAGGGAGAUGAAACUACACUUCAAAAUUACAAAGCUGUGCUUCAGAAUGUAGAACAUGAAAAGAAACAACUAGGGGUCAAAAUCGUGGAACUUCAAGUGGCUUUAGCAAGGUCACAGGCUAAUGCCAAUGUUGAAGAUCCAGAAUACAAUAGAAUUACAGAAGAAAAGGAGGCUCUUGAAGUACAGAUUGAGUUUUUAAAUUCUGUGAUUGUCGAUAUGCAGCGGAAGAAUGAUGAGCUGAAAUCAAGGAUAGAGAUCUUGGAGAGUGGAGAAAGCUUUGAUAGUGGGGAUUUAAAUUUGAAUGGAGUUAAAACAGUCCUUGCUCCACGUCUGUUCUGUGAUAUAUGUGAAAUGUUUGACCUCCACGACACAGAAGAUUGUCCACAGCAAGCAGCAGAAGAGGAAGAAUUCCAACACACUCAUCAUCAUGGCAAGAGACUGCAAGAACGGCCUUAUUGUGAUAGUUGUGGAGUGUUUGGACAUUGGUCUGCAGAAUGUGAUGAUAAUGAAACCUUUUAGUUUGGAGUUAGUAGUGUCUCUCUGUCUACUGGCAUGAAGUGUUUUAUGCCUUUUGAUAAUUUUAGCUUGUCAGCUGUCUGUGUCUAUGUGAUAUAUGAAUUGUACUAAACAAAUGAGAAUUUUUCAGUAGGUGUAUGAAGAAAAAAUCAAGCAUUUGAUUUAAAGAACAUAAUAAUAUAUUUGAAAGGUUUACCUCGAGUUCUCUACAAUAGUGGCUGUGAAGGUUAAUACCGAAACUAGGACUGAUAACCAGAUUGGUAAUCUAACGAAAACUUACUAGACACGUUUUGGCUUGUUCUUAAGUUGUCUUAAGACUUGUUAUGAUAGUAAUAUAUACAUACAGGUGUAAAAGUAUUUGAAAUAAAAGAUAAUUAAAACUUUUACAACAAGGAAAAUGUGAUUAAGAACCAAUAAAAUACUUUCUUGCUCUUCUCUGUAUCUGUAUAAGUUAUAUUGAUGUUUAUUAUUAUUAAACAUCUGUAAUACUCAGUUAUUCUCUUUAUUCUUAUCAUAUGGACAAAAGACUGCCAUCGAAAAGUAAACAGUGGUACUUGAAAGUGAGGCUUGGCUGCACACUUUGUCCUUCCAUACACCGUGUGGUGUUUGUUAAUUGCUCAGAAACAGGAAUUCUGUAGUCUUUUCAGGAUAACGUGGAUACUUACUAUGAGUGUGAUUUAACUUGUAUAUUGCAUGUAUUCAUUUGGUGCUUGUAGGAAUAAUAAAAACUAAUGCAAAUACCUUUAUUUUUAAAUCUGUAAUGCUAGAUUCUAUAAAUACAUGUUGUUUGAAUGCUAGUAUUUAAUGGCUUCUGAGGUAAAAAGUCGUUGCUUGAUUGUUAGUAUUUAAAGGCUUCUGUGGUGAACUCUCAUUGUUGCAUUAUUGUUAGUAUGUAAAAUGCUCCUGUGGUGAACUCUCAUAUUGUUGCAUUAUUGUUAGUAUGUAAAAUGCUUCUGUGGUGAACACACAUUGUUGUAUGAUUGUUAGUAUUUAAAUAAACUUAUUGGUAGAAACUAUCCAGUCAUAAACUGCUUACUUGUGCAGGCUUUCAUCUUUAAAUGUAUAGAAUUUACAUGAAAUACAAGUACAGAAGAUGCUACAUGCAGUUUAAUAAAACAUGCAGUCUUUCUUUUAUAGUAUUCUAUAUUCAAAUUAUUUUACAUUGCCUAACCACAAGGUAGCAGAGAUCUAGUUUUAGGUUGAAAAAGAAGAUUGAAGAUAAUUAUUCUGAUUUGGUAGCUUCUGAAUAAAAUUCUUAAAGACUUUUCUUAAGUAUUGGCUUUAAGAAUCUGAGAUUAAGACAAGAAUCUUUAUAUAGAAAAAUCUGACUUGUUUGCUGAUCUUAAAUUAUUAAAGUUACAAAAUUUAUGUUAAAACAUUAUCUGUUUAAAAUCAUAACAGAAUAUAAAGAAUAAAAUUUCAUUUGUGAAUGAUCUUUAAAGAAAAAGUUUUUAUUCUCUCAUUAAUACAAAACUGUUUUCACUUUUUUUUUAAUCUCUAUCUUGUAUUUACAUUUCUGAAUAUAAAACCAACUUGUGGAACCAGUCAGAGAAGAUCUGCUCUUCCUUAUCAUUUGUUAAGUCUUGUAGCAUCUCGAGCAAAUGUGUAAAGAAGUAAAAAUACAACGGGCAAAAAUCUGCUCUUCCUUUUCACUUGUUUAAUCUUGUAGCAUCAUAAACUAAUGCUUAAAUUGUUGUAAACAUCUUAAAUGUUUUGAAAAUUCGCCAAGAAGUUUUAAGGAUAAUAGCAGCAAGUAUGGUUCCCCUAAUUCUAUGUAACAAAGAAUCCACUUAACUGGAAAGCUAUACACUGAUACAGAACAAUUACCUUGUAUUCUAGACUUUGAGAAUUGUGUUAUAGUUGGAGAUUGCACUAGUCUUGAAACAUAGUAGUCAUGGAAGACCAUGUAGUUGUUAGUGUUUAAGUUAAACUACUUUAAUUAAUUAGGCAACUUGUAGCUAAUAACAUUUUUAAAAUAAAUGCUUGAAAUUAUUUAAUUAUAUAAAAACUUGAGUAAUUAGAAAAGUUAAAGGUGAUACUUUUUUAAUAAUAACAAUCAUGGUUGGUGACAGUGAAUUUUCUUGAUAACUCCAACAUGUAUACUUAUUACAACAGAAGCCUAUGUUGGUUUGUAGUUUCUUCAGACAUUGAUACUGUAGGUACCAUGUUGUAAUAGCAGUAAUGAGAAAACACUAGGAUGAUUUCAAUGUUGAUUUUGGUGCUGUCACAACAUGCAACUGAGAAAAUACAACAGUAAACGGUGAUAAUCAUGAGGACAUAGAAGUCAAGGAGAAUAUUGAUAUUAGGCCUAUAGAACAGCUUUUUUAACUUGAACACAUCUUAACAGAUAUUGGUAAAAGAUCUGAAAAUGAGAUAUUAGAACUAGAAUUACUUUAGAAUGUAGCUGGUCUUCAUGUCGUAACCCUGUAAAAUGUAGUAUUUAAGAAAUUGUUGUAUAUCUAAGAUAUAAGGUAUUGGUCUCUUUGGAAGAAGGUCCACUUUUGACAACUAAAUUACAGUGAUAUGAAAAUCUUUCCACCAUCAACAUUAUUGCUUUUGAUAUUUUAUAUGGAAUGUUUUUGUUGUUAGAAAUUUCUGUAUUAUCUAAUUACUAUAUGUAUUAUUUAAAGAGUAAAAGUGUGUGUCAGUGCAGCUUGUAAAAAUAUUUAUAACUUGGUUGAUUCAUAUUUUGCAGAGUUUGGGAAUUGUUAACCCACACUUGAAGAUAACUUAAUAUUUGAGUAAUUUAACUAGAUAUACCACCUUAACAUUUUUAAAACGGGUUUAUUAUCCACAUUUAUUACAAAAUGUUUAUUUUUUAUUUUCUAAACAAAUGGUUGUAUGCUUUUUAAUUGAGCUGUUAUGGAAUUCUCAUAUAGCUGUAAACAAUGUAAAAUAUUAAGAUGAGGAAGGUAACAUGAAAUUGUAGGUUUUGUUUCAUUCAAAGAACAGGUUUCCAAGGUGUACAAUAUGUUGAUGUGUCAAACAAGAGUUUAACUUUACAAUACUAAUAGACUAACAUGAAACUGAAAAAUAAGUUAAGUAUUAACUUCUAAUUAUUGGUAUAUUGAUACAAAAAAAUGAUACUCUAGUUUUUCAGUUGCUAAUUAUAUUUUUUGUAUAGCUUUGUCAUUAUUAAAUAUUUUUUAAUUGGGGUGUUAUUUUUUUUUGUUGACAUUUGUUUUGCUUGAAUUCCAGAAGAAUUAGUAAUGUUUAUAAGGAAUUGAACUAUGAAAGAACAGAAGAACUUAUCUUACUGUAAAGAUUUGGCAGUUCUGAAUAAAAUUAGAAUUAUUCUGAUGUGAG